AUGAGUAUUCGUCCUAGGUCUUCCACUUUCAUGGAUUUCAUUGCUAAAUGCCUACGGAAAGAUCCCGAAGAAAGAGCAUCAACCGACUCUUGUAUUCAGGUAGUUCUAGGGAGAACUCAUGAUCCCGAUGAUAUCGACGAUAUAUCUAGCAACGUAGAUUCUUUAUCCGUAGAUAGAACUGGUCGUUCAACAAGCUCAAAGACCGUGUCGGUAAAAAGUUUGACGUCUUUCCAAUCAUUACAAAGUAGAAGUGGUCCCGGAGGCAAUAGGAGACCUCCUAUUCCAGGGAGUAUGAGACAAGACAGUCAUGACAACGAGAACAAGAUGACUAUACCUAUAGGAGAUAUUUCAUUAGAAUCUUCUCCACUUCCUGUUGUUGAAGAGAGAAACAAUAAAGAUGACAUGAUGACUUUACGAAAUUCUCAAUUCUCAACCCUCCGAUCGGCCAAGUUCAUUUCUCGAGAGCAGGAAGAGUGCACUAAGGAAAACAACAUGUGUGAAGAAAUGAGUGGAUACAAGCGGUUGAGGCAAACUCAUCAUAAAGAACUUCAACAGGUUUCGAUAUGUGCCAUCAGGCUACUUUUCACACAAUGUUUCACUUCGAAGAAAAAUGCUCCUCAAGUGUUAUUGAACGGUUUCCGACUUGAUCAAACUGGAAUCAAGGGGGACAAGUUUGAAGAAACUGUCAUGUUGGAAGUCAUGAAGAUUACCCCGAAAAUACAGAGAGCUGUUCGAAAGGGUCAGCUUACCGACAGAGUUAACGUUGGUAACUGGCUUGUCGACCAAAAGGACGUUAUGCCUCGUUUGAAUAAGCGUGUUCUGGAUGCACCAUCAACUGAGAACUAUCUAGAUCUCACCGAGGUAUCUCCGUGUAAGGCAAAAACAUUGGUCCAGUUCAACACUCUCACAAGCAAUGAAAAGAGUUAA